CUCUUUUCCUAGUGACAUGGCCAGCAAGGAAGUCAUUACAGUGUUUGGAGCAACAGCAGGACAAGGACAGUGACAUCAUCUCCCUUUUCCAAUCACGGGGCGCACUUGUUGGCAUAAGUUUCGUUUCCACAUAAGCUAUCCUCUGAAGUCUUUUCUCCACUUCCUAAUAAGCAAAAGAAGAAGGGGGCUAGUGUGACAUCUUUGUGUAUCCUGAGCUCUCACCCAGCGUCUGAGAAGAAUUGGGUCACACAUGAAGGAUGCAUGCAGGGGUUUUUGAGUGGAGCUCAAGGUGGCUCUGUGGCCAGGGCAAUUUUGGAGAGCAAAAAAUUUGCUGUGAGAGCAGUGACCAGGGAUGUGACUAAGCCGAAUGCCCGGGCGCUCCGGGAACUUGGAGCUGAGGUGGUAAAAGGUGACCUGGAUGAUAAAGCAUCCGUGGACGAUGCCUUGAAAGGUGCCUAUGGGGCCUUCUUGGUGACCAACUUCUGGGAAUCUUUCAGCAAAGAUAAGGAAGUGCAACAGGGUAAGCUGGUGGCAGACACCGCCAAACGCCUGGGUCUGAAGCACGUGGUGUACAGCGGCCUGGAGAACGUCAAGCGGCUGACCGGUGGCAAGCUGGAGGUGCCACACUUCGAUGCCAAGGGCGAGGUGGAGGAGUACUUCUGGUCUCUCGGCAUCCCCAUGACCAGUGUCCGAGUGGCAGCCUACUUUGAAAACUUUCUCACGGUGUGGAAGCCCGGGAAAGCUUCUGAUGGAGAUUACUACACCCUGGCACUACCAAUGGGGGAUGUACCAAUGGAUGGUAUCUCUGUUGCUGAUGUUGGAGCAGCCGUCUCUAGUAUUUUUAAUUCUCCAGAGGAAUUUUUAGGCAAGGCUGUGGGCCUCAGUGCAGAAAAACUAACAAUACAGCAAUACGCUGAUGUUCUGUCCAAGGUUUUGGGGAAAAAAGUCCGAGACGCAAAGAUUACCCCGGAAGCUUACGAGAAGCUGGGAUUCCUUGCAGCAAAAGAAGUAGCCAAUAUGUGUCGUUUCUAUCAGAUGAAGCCCGACCGAGAUGUCAAGCUCACCCACCGACUAAAUCCCAAAGUCAAAAGCUUCAGCCAGUUUAUGUCAGAGAACCAGGGAGCCUUCAAAGACCUGUAGAAAAGCAGCUAUUCAGAGAGGCUGAACCAACCACACAGCCUCUUUCCUCUCUGAUCCUUUUCCUCUUUACAGCACGUUCACAGAACAUGUUGGAAUGCAACUGUUUGUAACACCAAAGGAUUUCCUGCAGUCCUCUCUUCAGUAGGAAGCACAGCAUUGGUGAUGGGACACAGUAGUUUGAUUCACAUUUAACUUGCUAGUUAGUGAUAAGGGUGGUACACCUGUUUGGUCAAAUGAGAAGUCUCAAGUUUAAAUAACCUUCUGUAGCUCUCUCUCUCCCGGAGAGCCAAGUCCCCUCAAAGGACUCUGGCCUGAGGAACUUCGAGCUUCUCUCCUAACACUAAUGGGAGGGCAGAUCAUACUUGGGAUUUCUCCUGGGUGAGUGAUUUCAACCCCUAGCGCUGAAACUCCCCUGGGCAACUCCAAUUUUCUCAACUGCAUCGCAAAAUUCUCAGUGAACUUUUAAGUCAUUUUAAUUUUAAAAAACGAACAUCUAUGUAGAGAAUUUUCCGGGAAACAUGGUGUUCAGUGAAAAAGCACAAGCACUGGAAAUGCUAGAAUUUGGUUUGGCUUCAAGAUUGGAAGUUUAUUCUCUGAGUCAUUCAUGAAGUCGCCUAUUGAGCCAUCAUUCAAAUAUUCAUCUAUCAAUCCCUCUACCUGUCAUUUAUCCAUUCCGCAAACUUUUCUUGAGCACCAGCACGGGUGGCAUGUUUGUGGACUUUGCUUCAUUCCUAUGUGUUUUCUUUCAUCUUUUUUUGAAACAGAGUUUCACUCUUGUUGCCCAGG